AUGAUACGAGAAGCUACCACAAACCGCAGCUCGAGGAGCAAGGCUGCCGGGUGCACGGCGACCGACAAAUCUGCAUCUGCUAUAGUCAUGAUUACUAUGCAUCUAACCACGUCAGUCGCUCUACUAGCGGUUGUAUUUCUGGGAUUGCCAGAAAGUUCUUUUGAGUGCGCCACCAACGGUCUCUGCGGCUACCAACCCGGCUGCGGUGCCUACCAACCACAAGCCCAACCAGCUUGCGGAUGCCAACGUAGCUACGGAUGCGGAUCGUACGGAUGUUACAGACUGAGAGCACGCGGAGCCAAAAGCUACCAACCAAAACGUGGACGCAGUCGAGUGACAGUGUCAGGAAGUGCAUCUGAAGAGAUUGACAGAGAGGUGUUGAGACAGCGGAUGGCUAUGGAACGUGUCCGUAGAAAGGAGAGACUCACCGAGUCUGAGGAAAUCCAGUUGAUGUCUCCAUCAAUGGCUAGAAAUCGAGAUUCGGAAGAGCCAAUUAACCCAGACCGUGCUUUCUACGAGUGCUGUAUCGACCGCAAGCUCCCAGACGCCUGUCUCUCGAAGUGCUCAUUCGGAGCAUUUACCAAGUCAUCCCUCCAAGCAAUGUACUUUAAGCAAGACCCAUGUCCACUUGAUGCAAUGAAGGAGAUGCAGUUCUGUGCUGCUCAGGGAAGAGACCAUCGCGCCUGCUGUGCUCGUAACGGUGUCACCACCACUAUCGCCGGUCAAAAAUGCCUCUCAUUCUGCGACCAACGUCUCGGACACCCACAACAACUCGAUAUGUCCUAUGUACCAUGUUUUGACAGAUUCGAAUCGAUGAAGUCGUGCUUCUGGCAUGACAUGACCAGAUAUUAUAGACGUGUGUAG